UAUUCGGUGCUUAUAAAGCCAACUUGCUUUAGGAAGAUAGCCAUAAGCCCAUAUCAGCUAGGAGCUAAUAGAAUCGCACAACGGCGAUACAUUUCGACUCAUUUGCUUCUCGAGAAAAAAAAGCGAUAUUUGUGACAAUGGUUCGAUUUAUUUCGACAUUAGUUCUGUGUGUCGUCUACUUGGCAGUUACUCAUACAGCCCUUAUCAGAAACAAGAGACAAAGUCGAUGGCCAUCAUCUCCCUAUCAGCCUGAUCACUAUGGUCGCUGUGGAGAGCCGACCAUGCCCAUUCCUCACGGGGGCAUCGCACUUUUCCAUAAAAAUUUAUGGAAAACUCGAUGUACUAGCCACAGUAGGUCUACUGUGGAGUGUGAACCCAUGUUCUACUGCGAUGAGAGGUACACAGUCAACGGCGAUUUUCAUCUCGAAUGCCUGGAGAACAACGCAACCUAUUCAUGGUUUGGGUCCAUACCAACCUGUAUUCGUGAUGAUCCUCCUUCCCUUUCUGAUGACCCAUCGGCCACCAUCAAAGACUCAUUCAAGGUUCUUUCAGUUGUGCUUGGAUUACUGUUCUCGUUGACAUGCACUGCACUGGUAGCGGCGAAAAGAGGAAAACGUGCAGCCCAGAUACCUCCCACUUGCGUUGCCAAAGCAGCAGCUGUCCCUACGUCUUCCAAGACCGAUCAUGAUGAGAGAUCACAAUGUAGGCGUGACACAACUUAG